CACACACACGCGGCACUGCGCUCGGGACCGGUUUUUCUGCUGGCCGUAAAAAGAGGAGGCGCAAGUGACGGGUUCUCUUCAGUUACCAACCAGCCGGGUAGCCGUCACCAUCAGUUCUCGCUCUCGCUCUCUCUGUCUUUUCUUUAUCUUAUAUUCUAUCCGUCUCCAUCUAUCUCUCUGUCUCUUGAUAUCUAUUCCAUCUUAUCCGCCGCUACACACCCUGCGACCGGUUUAUAUUAUCCCGCCGCUUCGUGAAUUUCCUCCAGCUCUCGUUCACUCUUCGUUCGUUAAUUGACUUUUGGGUUGGCUCAUUUAAUCGACCGAAAGAGUCGCUUGGUGACCGGCAAAGAAAAGCAAUUAUCCGCUUGUAUACAUUGCGUCGACGGGGGGCGAAAAAAGGGAAAGAAAGGAAAAGAGUCAAAAGAUUUUGACAUUGACAUUUCCAGUGAUGUGUGUGUGUUGCUGGAGUUGACGCUCGGCUGAUCAAUUUCCUCCAGCAGUUUCGGCUCAGAUUUAUUUUGGAUUCAUCCGGACACCUGCUUUUAAAUAUCUGUUGGGGAUUUCGCGAGUUUUCUGUUUCAUUACAAACCGCCGACGUGUGUCGAGUGUGUGUGUGUGUGUGUAUCGCUGAAGACGACGGUCGCCUCCGUUGGCUGCUAACUCUUUUUCACCGCACCGCCGUCGCCCCUUCAGAAUACGCCCCGUCAAUCAAGUCACCUGGAAAACCCAAAAAUGGAGCCGGAAGAGAUGGCCAAGAACGUCGACGCGUGUUACAAGAACAUUUUGGAUAAGUUUAACCCGGGAGCCAGGCAACUGAUCAACGCUGGGAAAUCUUAUCUCAAGUCCUUGCACGGAGCGGCAGCGGCGGCCAAAAUCUAUUUGGAAUCUCUUUCGCGGGUGGCCAAGCAAGCUCAACAGGGAACCUGCGGCGGAACGGCCGACAUUGGCAUUGCCAUGCAGCAGAUGGUCGACGUCCAGCGGGAAAUUCAAAGCCAACAGCUCAACACGCUGAAGGCCUUUUAUGUUGACCUGAUCGUGCCACUGGAAUCCAAUAUUGAGAAGGACACCAAAGUUGUGCAGGCGGACCAUAAGAAAUUCAAUCAACAGUACCGCUGCCAAUAUGACGUCUACAGUAAGGCGAUGUCUCUGGUUAAGAAACACAGCAAAAAGAGCUCGUCAAAAAUGAAUCGAUCGUCGGCCUCGUACGACAAAGAGAUUAAGCAUAUGCAGUCGAUGGACGAAGAAAAAGCUAAACUGGAUGCCUUUUGUGAACAAAGUUUAAAAGAGGCCAUCGCUCAGGAGAGGAAGCGCUACGGUUUCGUGUUGGAGCGCCAGACUUCCUUGUCGAAACACUUUUUAGCUCAUUACGGUAAAGGGGCCGCAUUACUGGAGAAACACCUGGACGGAUGGCAGGAAACGUCCAAAGCCAGAGAGGAAUUGCCGCCCUGUGUUGAAUUCCUCCUGGGUCAACAGAGCGGGGCCAACAGCGAAAAUCUUUACGCCCUGCCGCGGACGCCCGUUUUAACGCUCGAAGACGAGGUGGAUUUCUGUUCGGCCUCUCAGAUGCGUAAAUCUCACUCGAUCGACACUUCGUAUCUCUACGAGGAAGCUCAGUCGACGUUCACGGAAGCGGUCAAUCCGAAAAUAAGCGCCAACCAAGGGCUAGGCGCCGGUAUUGGCGGAGAUAGCCGCCAUAUGGGAGGAGUUGGCGGUGGAGGCACCAAUCUUUGUAAAUCGAAGUCUGAAUUCAAUUUGGCUUUUGCUUCGCCGACCCGAUCAGUCAGGAGCGGCUUUGGAACGACAGCUCGACCCAAAUCUCUAGCGCUACCUGGCAGCACUAAAGGGACCGUCCGUGCUCUGUACGCCUAUCUCUCCAGCGGCGAGCAUCAAAUCAAUUUCCUCGAAGGCGAUUUGAUUCUAUUGCUCGGUGAUGAACCCGUAUCUUUUCACUCCAACGCUAACGGAGAUCGCAAUAAAGGAUGGUAUUACGGCGAAAAUGUGCGGACGGGUAAACGCGGAUGGUUCCCGUUGGCUUACACCGAACAGGUGAAGGACGCCGACGUCGAUUCCGGUCUCGGCUUGCGCUCGCAGUUUGACUCGAGUCUUGUGAGCGCUGGGCCUGUUGUAUUAGCGGCUAAUAACGUAGACGCCGAAUCGACCACGUCCGGCAAUUCCUCGGCUUCCAAUUCCAGCGCUAGCGGCGGUGGUCACAUCACGCAAAUAACGUCUUCGCCUGCGUCCGCAGCGUUGAAAUCCUCCUGCGCUCGUAAUGCUCAAGUCGUCGGCAAGCAGCAGACUCUGCUGAAUAAUAACGCGACCAACAGUAGACCUAAUAGCCUACUCUUAGGUGGUGAUCGGCCCUUGUUCAAUAAGGUGCCAGGCUUCAGCAAGCUUCGUAAGUCGCGUUCAGCGUUCGCCGAGCGCCUUCUCUUCCCUGCAACAACGCCCUCAGCACCCUGUUGUCCAGCAACGACACCGUCCGCCGCACCACUUCCCUCCGCCGAGCACGACGGCCGCCCCUCCGCCGGCGCCACCCCUGCCUCACCGUCUCCUAUGAGUCACCACUCGACGAUGACGAUGUUGCCGCUAUCGCAUUCCUCCUCGACGCCCAGAAUGUUUAGCUCCUGCUGCACUCCAAUGAACAACAGCGGCAAUUCCUCCACGUCCGCCGCCCUAGCCAAUAACUUGUCAUUAUCAUCGCCGUCUCAUUCUAAUCACGUCACCAGCGCCGCCGUCUUCUCCCCGACCAAGAAAGCCCCCGCUCCGCCGCCACGCCUCCAGACGACCCUUGCCCCUCAACCGGCCCAGCACCAGCCCCAUCACUCGCUUCUCUUAGGUAUGACCAAAGCAGCCGACCUUAGCCUGCGGAGUAGCAGCGACAGUGGUUUCGCCACCGAACCAGCCUCAGCUGCCGUACAUGAACAACCAGAGCAACAACACCAACCCCCGUCGACUCUGCUGGAACGGCAGCCGCCGCCGCCGCCGCCGCCGCCGCCAGCGCCCGAAGUCGACUACUCGGACGAGGAGAGUCUCAAAUUUCCGCCCAACCUGUCGCGCCAUUGGCUCUUGUACAGCUCAGCGCUGGACGUGAGCCAAAGCAGCAUGUGUAGCGCAUCAUCGGCGGUCGAGUGGACGAGGCAGCCUCAAAGCUGCUCGGGCAACAGCGCCGGCAGCGAUGGCCAGCUGGAGAAAGCAACUGGCGUUGGUCGCUCAAACUAUCACAACCAAGGACUCUCCAUGACGCUCGAUCGACCAACCAAAACACGCCCCAUGCCCAUGUCGGCCGUCGCGGCGACCGUGGCUGCUGCAGCCCGAGGGGGCCAGCAUCAGCGUCCAGCAGCGGCGAGCGCUAGUAGCCGCACCAGUAGCGUUAGUAGUAUCUCCACUUCCACUUGUACGUCGUCCCCGUCCGUGAUCCGGACCGGCAAUAAUAAUAAACUUUCCAGCUACCCGCCCGUCUUGGGUUAUUUGGCCACGCUGACUCGCUCAAAGGCGUCCAAGCAGCUGCGUCGGCAUCGCAACAUGGGCGAUCAGCAGUCGGCGACCAACGGCGGUGGCAAAUCGUCUGAGAAAGAAAAUCAGCAGGUAGCCAACGAUCAGCAGCCAAUGCCGGAUCGUUCGGCUGCCGUUCGCCGACUGUCGGGACUCUUCACCAAGAACACUUCGCCGUCGUCGUCGUCUUCCAACGGAUCGGCAGGGCAACGGGAUCCUGUGACGACGGCGACGGCGGGCCCCCUGGGUGGCGGCGGCAGCAGCAUGGCGACUGCCGCCAAAAUCAAAAACAAAUUGUCGGCAGCGCCGGGCAUUUUGAAAACGGCUCUCUUCCGCACCCGUUCAAAGGAUUCUUUCCUGGAUACUUCGUUAUUCUUCCAGGACGCUCAUCAACAGCCGUCGCCACCGUCGUCCGCUGCUGAGGCAACGCCAUGGCAGCACAAGUCGUCCGUGCCUUGCUACGUCGGUUGGCGACCGCCGAUGCCGUUGCCUAAAAGUUGCCAGGCGACCGACGUCGAUUACCGCCCCCCAUCGGCGAUGAACAGCAACAGCGUCCGACGUCGGGUCACCCGCAGCGAGAGCCGCCGCUCUAAUUUGGGUUGGCGCAAAUACGGCAGCGAGUCGGAUCUCCUCGAUCCGACGGGAUCCAGCGAAUCCGGAUACAUGGCCAUCGACCCGUUCCUUCCACCGAUGCUGCCCUCCUGGCCACCGACGCUGGCCCUUUUGCACCCGUUUUUCCCGGGCCGUCUCGGCGGCGGCUGCCACGACGAGCCUUACUCGCGAGCCACGAACUACGCUGGAUCGUCGGGCUCCAUCAUGCCGCACACUUUACCUCGCAAAUUCCAACCGGAUUCCUGGCUGCACUCGUCGUCGCCGUCGCUGCGCGUCCAGUUCAACCUGGACCAAUUAGACGAGGCGCCAAUUUCGCUGGAAGAGUCGUCCAGGAAGUCGAGCGCGGGAGAGGAGCAGCGACAAAUCAAAGCCGAAUUCGAAGAAUACAGUUUGCGCUUGAAACAGCGGCUGCAAUUGGCCAAAUCUGGCAGCUCCCACAGUCUGGAUCAUCUGUCGGAUGCGGCCAGCGAUGGACAGGCCUGCGAACCCUGGUACGACCUCUGGGCUCCUGAAAUUUCCGUCCGGCUCUGUGAAAUUGCUCAAUUGUAAGUGGUCGGUUGGUCCGUUUUUUUUUUUUUUUUUUUUUUUAAAUUGCGGCCUUGGCGGAGAGCCAGGAAACGCUUACAGGUGGAGAAGCUAAUUCCCAGAAUGUUUUACUUUUUGUAAAAAAAAAAAAUAAUCUAUUGCCUU